CCAUUCUGAAUUUCUAAUGCAGUUUUUCACCAGGCCCUCCUCGACCUCGACCCCUCCAUCACCUCACGUCUCUGGUCUCAUGCUCGACUGACGAGUCACAAGUUUGAGUUUUUCUCUCCGCGGGGCGUUUCUGUUUCUUCCCUCAGAGUCUCACUGCAGAUCACACGCGUCCAUGUUCGGCUCCAUCUCUCACAGCCAUGCAGAACCAUCACCAGAAGGAACACCUGUAUAAAAUCCUGGUGAUCGGAGAUCUGGGUGUGGGGAAAACCAGCAUCAUCAAGCGCUACGUGCACCAGAACUUCUCACCAAACUACCGGGCGACGAUCGGCGUGGAUUUCGCGCUCAAAGUCCUGAACCUCGAGCAGGAGACCGUCCGACUGCAGCUCUGGGACAUCGCCGGCCAGGAGCGUUUCGGGAACAUGACGCGGGUGUAUUAUCGAGAGGCCAUGGGAGCUUUCAUCGUUUUUGACGUCACUCGGCCGUCGACGUUCGAGGCGGUAACGAAAUGGAAGGAGGAUCUCGACGCCAAGCUGAGUUUAUCCAACGGGAAACACGUGGCGGCUGUGUUGCUCGCCAACAAGUGCGAUCAGGGCAGAGACGUUCUCACCAACAACGGCAUCAAGAUGGAGCAGUUCUGCCGGGAGAACGGCUUCGUGGGAUGGUUUGAAACUUCAGCCAAGGAGAACAUUAAUAUAGAUGAGGCGGCACACUGCCUGGUGAAGCACAUUAUAUCUAAUGAGAAGGAUCUGCUGCAGUCCGAGGUUUCGGAAAUCAUCUCUCCGCAGCAGGAGCCCAUCCGAGGAGGAACAUGCUCAGCGUGUUUUAGGUCCUGAAGUCCUGAAAUCCAGACCGGACGUCCCAGAGGAACUCUCUUCCCGUUCCCGCCUCAUAUCGUACUUCUCUUCUCUCAUCUCACUCACGUCUCCUCUCGUUUAUCCGUGUCAGCAACCCUGCCGCCACCAUGUCUCGGUUUCCAUGGUAACAGACUUAUCGAACACUCUGCAGAGCAGAAACUGUUUCAGGAGAAAGAGGCAGCGGGGAGAAUUCACGGGAAGUUCCUGCUGGAUGAAUCGUCAGGAUGCGAAAUCCCAAAGACCAGUUUGAGCAUUUGAGGUUCCUUCAUUUGAUUCACAUUUUACUGCUUAGCUUUGAAUUCAUUAUUUUCAGUGUCCAACCGAAAUCGUCUGAAUAGGCAAAACCAGCUAAUUAAAAACAUAAUUUUUUUUUUGCCCACUGAGCAUAAAAUUUUGCUACUAAUGAAUUAUGAAUGCUGGCCUUAGAAAUAUUCCUGAAUAUAAAUAUUUCUGGUGUGCAUGCAGUUACACGGAUGAUUCUAAAAUGUUCUUAUUUAGAAUGUUUGUCAUUUGUUUUAAACACUACAGUUCCAUCAACCGGCAACAUUUGUUCUUUUAAUUUAUCGAGUGUCACAUUCAAAUAUAUUUUGAUAGAGAAUAUGAGAUGAUGUCAUGUAAAUACCCCUGUACUUACCCAGUAUACAGCAAAACGGUUCAGAGUUAAAGUAUUAAUAAACAAUAUCUACUCAA